UUUAUAAUAAAUUAUGUCAGAGAAGAAGAGCAACACUCCGCUUGAUUCAGAGCUAUCUUCAGUGAUUGACGCCCAACCGCUCGAUAUCCACCAAGUAAUGACAAAUCCCUUCCCGUUCAUGAACAGUCAGAAGAAACUUGAAGGUCAAACGAUUCGAGCACUUAGAAAAAUAAUGAUCUGUUCAAGCUGAGCCAAUGAAAAGACUUCAGGAAAUUCAGAAGGCAUGAAUCUUACCCAGAUGAUGAUAAAGCUCAAGACUGAAGAUCCUGAGCUAAAUCAGCUUCAUCGCUUAGUCAAAAAGAGCGAAGAGAUUAUUAAGGAACAAAAGAAUAGCUCUUGUGCUGAAGAAGACGAACAAACUUUUAAGGAAGAAAGUUGCCAGAAAAUGCCCAAACAGGUAUCUACCAGUCAACCCCCAGAACUUAAGGACAAAGUAGAUGACCAUGCCUCUAUCACCUCUCCCGACAAACCCCCCAGUUCACCCAUUAAAACCCAGCCUGCACCUCCACCAGAAGCCUCCUCCCAAGAAGAAGCCAAGAACAAAUAAGAAGCCUAAGAUAAGAGUUCUCAAGAAGAGAAAGACUAAGAAUACUAGGUAACAAGAGCGGGUCAGCCACCGACCUCC